AUGAACCCGGAUGAAAUUCUAAAAACAGGCUCACUUAUCACGGAGCGGGUAUGCCCUCCUGGAUUGAGCUACAAGUCGCGGAAACACUGGCAUCACCAGAAGAAAUUUUACCACAAGAUAGCAGGAAUGCAAGAAGAAUGGCCCGGAUUCUCGGACGAUGAAGAAGAACCAGCCGAAGCUCCUAAAGAUAGGUCAGAGCACGUCAAAUUUAUCGGAUUCGCAGAUGAGAUUGACGAUAGACCUAUCCCAUUUCCUCGAAUCGAAAAACUUCGAACAUCAAAAAAUACUUUCAGUGAAGAUGAGAAUGUUGAUGAGGUUACAGCACAUCACAGACUUACAAAUAAUCGUGAAAUUCCAUCAUCACAUGUGGUUAAACCUGUUGUCCCCCUUCUUGGGAGAGAUUUAUCUCACAGUCGAAAGCUCCGUAAGAGAUCAUCACCUCCAACUGCUAUUGGUAGAGUGUCGAGACAUGCACCUUUAAAGACACGAGCCCGAUCUCUCAGAACCUUACGCGUUAUACCAAAGCAUGCUCGUCUGAGACUACGCGUUCAGAGACAACAGGAACGAUCCAACUCAAUCUCUCACCAUGCUGCGCCUCCAAAUCUAUCGCAGAGCCAAACCAGAUGUCCCAGUGCCAAGAACCUUUCUUCAAAAAAUGCUUCUACUCAAACUAUCCUUCCCUACUCAUCGACAGCGUCGAUACUUCUAGAAGAAGCAGAUCAAAUAUCUUCAGAAGACAGAGGUCUUCAUAAUUCAUCAAGCGUUGCACAUGGCAACUCAAUGCUUGCCACAGCAUUCCCAUCACCUACCAUUGGCCCUUGUGCAAUGCGUGCUGUUCCAUCUUCAGGUAUUGCUCCAGCGAAGCCAACGGCUUUCUUUCCAGCACUGGGCCAACACUCUCCUGCUGAUGUCCUUGCUGUAACUUCCUCAACAAGAGCUUUGAUCAUUGAUUCAAGUCUUUCUGUGGCAGCAUCAUCAAAAAAUAUUGAUGGUGUCGCACUCGAUGGCCAUUUGAGAUCGGAAUUUGCAGCACAAGUUCAACUGUUCGAUUCAAUACCUGCUACAGCACUUCAAAUUCCCGUUGAUCGGCCUGCUGUUGAUUCAAAUGCGUACAUGCAAGUGUCGCCUCGCCCUUUAGCAGAUGUCACCAUCAAUGAAAUUAUCGACGCUGACAACACUCUGAUGCUCACUAUUCCUGGGUACGAACUUUGUCCGCGUAAAAAAUUGUUGGAGCUCCAAGAAAUUUGUCUACACCAUCUAGAUAUAACAUUUCUUGCCAUUGUUUCGGGCGAUUUAGAACUUUCUAAUGAUCCUGAUCUUGAAUUGGGAGGACUCGACCUUCUCGUUGAACAUGGGAUCCAACUUGAUUAG